GUUAAUUACAAUUCCGAGCACAGGACUCUGUUUUUGAAAAUAGGACUCCCGAUUGUCACGUGAGCGGUGUUGCCACGUUGUUCAGCAUGAUUAGUGGCAGAAAGUAUAUCUGGUGAUCAUAACUUGUGAAUUAUGAUUCACUUAUUUACUACCUCUAUCCUAUAAUAAGCCGUUCCUAUAUUAGUAUAUUUUGUCCACCAUGUAUAUGGCGGAUGCAAUGGGAAGUAAAUUAUGGUGGGGUAGCGCUACUGGUGAGGGAAUUUUCUGAGCUCAGUCGAGCUGCGCGAAAUGUUGUUAUGUGCGAUUCCGUAUAAAACAGUCAGUUAAUAAUUAUACAUAUCAAUUAUGGAUAGAAGAAAGAUAAAAUUGAAAGGUAGUUUGCACAAAAACUUGAUAGGUAGCCAAACAUCGUCACAAAGUAACCUUGAUGAUAUAUCAUUAACCGCAAAGCCGGCAAGAAGUAAAAGUUUAUUAUUAGCUGAAAAGACGUUGUCAACAGAAAGUGAAAACAAAUCAUCAGAUGAAGAUAUAUUUUUAAAUAAGGAUAAAGCAUUUACACAAGCAGAAAAAAAUAAAACACUUAAAGAUAGUAUACUAUCUCGUAAACGCAAAUCUUUAAGUUUUAAUAUACCAAAUAGCGAAAGUGAUGAAGACCUGGGUCUUCCUUUGGCAGAAUCUACUGUUUUAAAAAAAAGACGAAAUGAUACUGAUAUUAUACAGGAAAAAUCUGUAUAUAAUAACUGUAAAAAUGGUUCAACAAAUUUAUUAGUUACAGCGGAGAGUCAUACAAAUGUAGUUCCUGCUAUAAAAUCUGAAUUUGUUGAAUUUUUAUCUGAAUCAGGUAUUAAAUUAAAUCCAGUUGCUCCACAUUUGCUUUGUACAGAUAUUAUAAAGGUUCAGAAGAAAAUGAAGGAAUUAUUAAACUCAAGAAAGUAUGAAAAACAAAAGAUAAUUUCCUUAAUGGAAAAAUAUUUUGAGAAUGAACAAAAUCUUGAAAAUGCACUAACUGAUAUGGAACUGUUUGUUAAUGAUCAAGUAUCAAAAGUUUUACACAGUUCGUCUCUUAUAAAAAUCUUAUUACAAGUUUCAGAGCUGCAUCCAGAAAUAUACAGUAGUCUUCUGUCUAAACUUAAUGAAGCUGUGCUGAUAGCUGAUUCCAUUGAAUCUGUACCUUGGGCACUUUCACUGUUGCAACAAUUUCGGUUUUUGGAUGUUGUAACUAAUUCUGAUGCCUUAACUAGUAGCUUAGAACAACUUUUAGAAUCAUGCCCCAUAUGGUUUCAAAGUGAAUUACUUUUGUUCUUGCCUGAUAUUGUAACUGAUAAACAACAUCAAACUAUUGCUGACAUUUUAAAUAAAGUUUUGGAAGAAAAUUCUGAACUAAUAAAUUUAAUAUUAAAUUGUAUGAGUAAUUUAAAUCUUGGAAAGGAAUAUUUAAACGAAUACAAGGAAAAGACAUUAAACUUAUUAAAAACGAAUGUAAACUUAAAUGCGGUACCUGCUAUUAUAAGCUUUGUGUUAGAGGAUUGUACUGAUACAGAAGUUUUUGAAAAAACAUUACUAAUAUUACGCAAUAUUGACAUGCAACCACUUGUUGGAGAAGAAGUUGAAAAAUGUUAUCAAAAUCAAUUGAAUAUAAUCAACACUCUAAAAAUGAAUAUGUUUACAUCAAAAAGUAUAGUAAAUACUGCUAUUACAGUUAUAAAAGAUAUUACCAAUGAUCCAAAACCAUUUGAUAUCAUUCUUUUACUACUUAUAUUUUCAACAACAGAGCUAAAGAAAAAAAAUAUUGAAACUAUGUUUAAACAAAAUAUACGGUCUGGAUUUUAUAGAAUAAGUUUAUUAAACUUAUUAUAUAAUAAUUAUAAACAGGUUGUGCAAGAGUUACAAUCCGCUGCAUUGCAAAUAUCAAGUAAUUUAUUAAAAACAGAUCAACGUGUAUUUAUUGAUUUUGCUAUUCAUUGGUUGCGCUUACAGUUUAUGUGUCAUAAAGGAAAUAUAUUUAAACAACGUGAGAUUCUAGAAAAGAUUAUAUUUCUCAUGGGUGAUAAUGAUCAAACAGUUAAAAAUGCUCUUGCAUUUCUUUGUAAAAUGGCAAUGACAGAAGAAGAAAAACCAUAUUUAGCACAGCAUUGUAAUCAUCUUCGUAUUUUACUUGAAAAAAUGGAUAAUUUAGGCUUAGAAGAAGUUGGCACAUUAAAUGAUUUAUUGCAGCAUUUAUGUUCAAACUCCAGUUCUAUAACUGACUCUUUACGAGAUGAUUUAUUCAUAUUACUUCAAAAGCAAUUGUCUAAUUUUAAACCAUUAAUAAAAUGUAAAGGUGUUUUAGCAGCAGUUAUGGCAAUAAAACACUUGAUGUUAAAAGCAGAAACAUCUGAUGCAGCUUAUAAUUUAUUUAAAACGGUAUUAAAUAAUGUGAAGACUUGUUCAAGGUCGAAAGCUUUAUUUUAUGAUCAGUUAACAUGUAUUAUUUCUCAAACUCAAAAUAUUAAUGAACAGUUUCUGGAAAACCUUAAAGAUUAUAUCGAAGAAGAAUUUAUUAACGAAAAUAUGAUCGAUAAAACAACCUACAGAGGAGAAUUGGUACCUAAAUUUGGGUUGAACAAUACAAAACAUGAACCAGGAAAUGAUGUUUUAACUUUUGAAAACAAAAAGCAUGGCGCAAUUGUCCCAAUUUCGUUUAAACUUCUGAGGACUUGCUGUACAAGACUAAGUGAAACAGGAGAUUUGGAUGCUAUAAAUUCUCUUUUAGGAUGUGCAAUAUUAAUGCCAGAGCAUUUUGAUAUUACAGAAAAUUAUAUAAUGGAUUUAACAAUAUGCUGUAUUAACUGGUUUCGAGAAGUAAUCAGUGGUUUUGUUACACAAAAAGAUCCUUUAUUACAAAAGAAAGUAUUACAAAGAUUAGAUAAUCUUAUAUAUUUACAAAGUAAAUUAAGCAUGAUGCUUUCAUUGUGUGAUACAAAGUACCAGCCACCUCCAAGUUAUUUUCAUUAUUUUCCGAUACCACCGUUUAUGAAAAAUGAGAAAAAAGUAGGUAAAACAAGUAAAAAAGAAAAAAAGGAACCUAAGAAGAAAUCUGUCAGUUUUAAUGAAGAUGAAAACUGGGAAUUAGGGUCUAAAAUAUGUUCUAAAAACCCAGUCUAUUUUAGAAGAUUAGAUGCAACGAUAGUACAUUUGUUAGAUGUAAAAGUAGAAAUGCAUAAAUCACAAUCUACAAGUUACAUUAUAUCUGUGAAGCAAAUAUGUUUCAUUGUCAAAGAAUUGCUAGGAAUUUUUGAAUAUGAUGCUAAUGAAAAGUUCAUAACAGAGUUAAUUGAAUUAUUACCCAAAGUUUGUUCAAAAUUGCAAGACAUUGUGGAUAGUUUAAGAACGGACAGUAAUAGACAAAAUAGAGACGCUACUAGAUUACUGUUAUGUUUGUUAACAAAAAUUUUUUAUUGGAAAGGAUUUGAAAGUGUCACUUAUAACGUGUUGUUAAGAGAGGGCUUACGAAUUUUAGCAAGUCAAGUGAAUGAAAGUAAUGCUAUGUUAAGAUCCUGCAAAGAACUUGUUGCAGAAGGCUGCAAAUAUUUCGAAUCUUUAUUUGAUAUUGUUACACAAAUAUCAUUAGCUACUGCAUUAAUUAAUGUGUCCAAAUCUUUAAUGAAACAUUCUGAAUCUUAUACUAAACAAAGUAAGGAAAAAUAUGCAAAAAUAGCAUUUGGAUUCUUAUCUCUUGAAUGGCCAGAGGAGAAGUAUUCUAGCCCUCAGUAUAAAACAGCAGUAAUUGAAUUGUUAAAUAAUUGGAUUGAUAAUGAGCCAUUACCGCUAAAAACAAUUACAUUAAUGUUAGAAUGGUUACCAGAUGAAACUGCAAAAUUGGAAAAGCCUCAAAAUUCUUUAAGUAGAUUACCUUCAAUAACAAGAAGUAACUUCCAUUGUUUACUUAAAAAAAUAUUUGAUGGUCUGAUUACUGGUAUAAAAAUAGAACUUCCAUUAACCAAUAAUGAUCCCAAAAGGAUAAAAUUAUGGUACGAAGUUGCGGCAAAUGUUCAGAAGUUAGUUCAAAUAUGUAAAACUUUAACUACAAAAAUUAACAUAUUAAUUUUUUUAAAGCAUAUGCCCAUCUUAUUGAAAUCAUUUUUAAGUCUUGGUAUGCCAGUUCUUGAAUAUAAUUUAAAAUAUCAAACGGAAGAUGUUACUAAAAUAUUAAAAAUGAUGCAAGGGGGUACGCGAUAUUUGCAUACAAUAUGUUGUGAUAGUGCAGAAAAGAAAGACCUUACAUUAACAAAAUAUGUCCCUGCAGCUAAAUCUAUAUUAGAGAAGUUAAUUUAUAGUGUGAAAGGAAUGUUAGUUCUUAAUAACAGUCCUGCUGCUUUUUGGAUGGGAAAUCUUGUUAACAAAAAUUUAGAAGGUCAUGAAAUUCUCUCACAGAAUUUAUCAUCAGAAGCAAGUACUACUUUAUCAAGUUUUGAUGCUAUUGAUGAUGUAGCUCAUGUAUCACCAGACAUAUUAGAGAGUGAUAAUUCAAGUGAUGAUCUUGAUGAAGAUUAAAUAUAGACUGUGAUAGAAAACUUGCAUUUUAUAAUAAUAAUGCAUCUUUAUUAUUUUUGUACAUAAUCUACAAAAUAUCGUACACUACAAUACUUUUUCGCGUUUUAUACUAUUUAUAUAAUUAAUAUUAAGUUAAGUACAUAAAUAUUGUUCCUUACUUCAACAGUUACACAUUAAGUUGUUAAAUAUUUGACGCUUCCAUGUUAAGUCUGGCAUAAGCGUUUCUUCAACAAAUGUUAUUUCAUUAUUUCCAUUAACUAAUAUUAUAGAAUGAGUACGUGUCGAAUAUUCCCCAGCAGAUACAAAAAUUGAGCUGAGUUCUUCAUAAUGUGAUCGAUUUCGCUUUUGCAACUCUGGAUCUGGUAAAUGCCUGUAAAUAUUCAAGAUAUUAUAUUUUGUGCCUUAAUAGUAAGUACAUAACUCAUAAUUGUUUAAAUGAUGUAUACUUUUCUUCUGAUUUCAAAAAUGUUAAAAGAUCUUCAAUUAAUUCUGUCUGUUUUGAGACUUUAGCAUCGCUAACAAUGUUUUUAAAUCUUUUCUUUCCUAUUUCAACUUUUUUAUAAGGAACGUCAAGGCCACUGUUACUAAACCCUAGUAUACUAUUCUGUUCUGAAGAAGGUCCCAUUGAGUUAAUAGAGCUACUGAGGUAGUGAACAUCUGCAUUACUAAAUAAACAAUGUCUUAUUAAUUUACAAGAUUAUAAUAUUGAAUAGUACAUAAUUUACUAAUAAAUACAAUAUAUAUUCUUUAA